AUGCAUCAUCAUCUCCAAGAAGAGUGUAAACCACCGCAGACGUCGCCUUCCUAUUUCGUCCUCUGUUCUCCCAUUUCCUUUCCCACUUUCUUCAACCCCCGCCUCCGCAGCUCGGUUUUCCGGCAGAGGCGACGGCCAUGGGUGCUUCGACUAUUCUGCCAGAUCUCGGCACGGAGGUCCUGAUUCCAGUGUGCUCCAUAGUCGGCAUAGCCUUUGCGCUAGUCCAGUGGAUCCUUGUAUCCAAGGUCAAGCUCUUGCCGGAGAAGUCCGCCUCUGCCUCUGACGCGAAGAACGGCUUCGCUGAGUCUCUUAUUGAGGAGGAGGAAGGCAUUAAUGACCAUAACGUCGUUCACAAGUGCGCCGAAAUCCAAAGCGCCAUCUCCGAAGGUGCAACUUCUUUCCUUUUCACCGAAUACCAAUAUGUUGGUAUUUUCAUGGUUGCUUUUGCUAUUUUGAUCUUCGUCUUUCUUGGCUCAGUUGAAGGUUUUAGCACAAAAAGCCAGCCUUGCACAUAUGAUGAGACCAAAUUGUGCAAGCCUGCUCUUGCUACUGCUGUCUUUAGCACCGUAUCUUUCUUGCUUGGUGCUGUUACUUCUGUAGUUUCUGGUUUUCUUGGAAUGAAAAUAGCAACUUAUGCAAAUGCCAGAACAACUUUGGAAGCUAGAAAGGGUGUUGGAAAGGCUUUCAUUACUGCAUUUAGAUCUGGUGCGGUAAUGGGUUUCCUUCUUGCUGCGAAUGGCCUUUUGGUGUUGUACAUUACCAUCAAUCUGUUCAAGCUGUACUAUGGUGAUGACUGGGAAGGCUUAUUUGAGUCUAUUACUGGUUAUGGCCUUGGUGGAUCUUCAAUGGCCCUUUUUGGCAGAGUUGGUGGUGGCAUUUAUACAAAAGCUGCAGAUGUUGGUGCUGAUCUUGUGGGCAAGGUGGAGCGAAAUAUUCCAGAGGAUGAUCCCAGAAAUCCAGCGGUUAUUGCUGACAAUGUUGGUGAUAAUGUCGGUGAUAUUGCUGGUAUGGGAUCAGACUUGUUUGGCUCAUAUGCGGAGUCAUCUUGUGCAGCCCUUGUUGUUGCUUCGAUUUCUUCCUUUGGGGUCAACCAUGAGUUCACUGCUAUGCUAUAUCCUCUUCUUGUCAGUUCCAUGGGCAUCCUUGUCUGUUUGCUCACCACCCUAUUUGCGACUGAUUUCUUUGAAGUCAAGGCCGUAAAGGAAAUUGAGCCAGCAUUGAAGAACCAACUCAUAAUCUCCACUGCUCUGAUGACAGUUGGAAUUGCUCUUAUUACAUGGAUUGCACUUCCAUCUACCUUCACCAUUUUCAACUUUGGAGCUCAGAAGGUUGUGCAUAGCUGGCAAUUGUUCUUGUGUGUCUGUGUUGGUCUGUGGGCUGGACUUAUUAUUGGUUUUGUGACAGAGUACUACACAAGCAAUGCUUACAGUCCUGUGCAAGAUGUUGCUGAUUCCUGCCGCACUGGGGCUGCUACCAAUGUUAUUUUUGGGCUUGCAUUGGGUUACAAAUCUGUUAUAAUUCCAAUCUUGGCCAUAGCGAUCAGCAUCUUUGUUAGCUUCAGCUUUGCAGCAAUGUAUGGCAUUGCUGUUGCGGCUCUAGGAAUGCUGAGCACCAUUGCUACUGGUUUGGCGAUUGAUGCAUAUGGUCCCAUCAGUGACAAUGCCGGAGGAAUUGCAGAGAUGGCUGGCAUGAGCCAUAGGAUCCGUGAGAGGACUGAUGCCCUUGAUGCCGCAGGAAACACCACUGCAGCUAUUGGAAAGGGAUUUGCAAUUGGAUCUGCUGCUCUUGUGUCGCUGGCACUGUUUGGUGCAUUUGUGAGCCGAGCUGAAAUCACAACUGUGGAUGUGCUGACACCAAAAGUGUUUAUUGGAUUGCUGGUGGGCGCAAUGCUUCCAUAUUGGUUCUCUGCCAUGACAAUGAAGAGCGUAGGAAAGGCUGCUCUUAAGAUGGUAGAGGAAGUGCGUAGGCAAUUCAAUACCAUCCCUGGUCUCAUGGAAGGCACUGCCAAGCCCGACUACACCAACUGCGUCAAGAUCUCCACUGAUGCGUCUAUCAAAGAGAUGAUUCCCCCUGGUGCUCUUGUCAUGCUCACUCCGCUAAUUGUUGGAAUUUUCUUUGGGGUUGAAACCUUGUCGGGUGUUCUUGCUGGAUCCCUUGUCUCUGGUGUCCAGAUUGCUAUCUCUGCAUCCAACACUGGUGGUGCCUGGGAUAAUGCCAAGAAAUAUAUUGAGGCUGGGGCUUCAGAACAUGCCAGAACACUAGGGCCCAAGGGAUCUGAUGCACACAAAGCUGCUGUGAUUGGUGACACUGUUGGCGAUCCUCUCAAGGACACAUCUGGACCGUCCCUCAACAUUCUCAUCAAGCUCAUGGCUGUUGAAUCACUCGUGUUUGCUCCCUUCUUUGCUGCACAUGGUGGUCUGCUCUUCAAGAUAUUCUAAUCAAACACACCAAUCUCAUAUGUCGUCAUACCAGUUAGUCAUCCUUUUGCCUUCUGCAUCUUCUAACUUUAUGUCACACUACUUUUUGUUGUACUAGGAGGAGGGUUCACGGACACAAUUUUUUCUCGCGUUUUGUAAUUUGUGUGAGCUGCUUGGUUUAUGGAACACUGGGAGGAAGGAAUCCUUUACAUUCUUUACCAUUCAAAUUUCAAAUGUGUUGUCCAGAGUCCACCCCUUUUUUGGGGUCAAUUGCGUUUUUAUUAAAUUUUGUUCCACUAUAA